AUGGCCGCUCACGUGGAUAACGUGUCGAACACGGCGUCGGACGAGCACGACCGUGACCUGUUGCGCGCGUUCCACCCGGCAUCUGUGCUCUACCGUCGACUAGCGGUAUCGUGGCAGCAGCGCGGGCGCCCGUACCUGCGGCGCAACCUCGGCUACCGCCAGCGCCCGCCAUCUACACAGGCCCAGCCAACACGCGGACGGCACGGCCAAUGGUGGCGGCGCGCAAAGGCUGGUGUCGAUGCGUUUGUACUUGGUGUGCGUGUUGCAUCGAUAUCGCUAUCGCCCACUUCCUCCAGUGCCCCUCUGUCGAGAGCCCUUCAGCGCAGCAUACGCUUCUCGCUUCAAGUCACACCGGGAGGAGCGGGGACAGGAACGGAUACAAGGCCACAACCACCCACAGCACCAACCACAGCACCAGCCACCAGUAGUGACAGCAGUGACGGCAGCGGCAGCACCAGUUCCUGUCAUGGGCACGGGCAACGCGCUGGACCGUUGUCUGGUGGUAGAUCGAGUGUUCACGCAGCGCAUCAACCGCAGCAAGGGCAGCGAGGAAGCAGCGUGUCGAUUGCAUACCCUCGACAUGAUGACGCAGCCAUCCAAGUUGACAUGUCGACCCCUUCACGGCCACCGCUGCUUACUGUAACCGCAAUUGUGUGCUGUUUCACGGUCGACAAAGACAAGGACAGCGAACAGAGCCUGGUAUUCACAUCCCACGCAGUACCGCUUGAUGCCAUCUUCAACUCCAGCAGCAGCAGCAGCAGCAGCAGCACCGACAAGCCCGUGGCCUUCUGCUUGCAACUGUGUCCCGACCCAGAGUCAUCCGCUGUUCUGUUGGAGGCCAGCCGGCGAUCGCGGGCAUCAAAGCGCAAGUCAGACCAGCUCGUGGACACGCUGCAGCUUGAUCUCGAGUUGUGGGUUGCUGAGGAGCAUGCGCGGCGCGCAGCAAACACGUGGUGGAUGCAGCAUCACGCUGACGACGGCACCGAGACCUCCUCCUCUGCUCUCCGACCAGGGGCACGCAAGAUCGCACGCGUGCACGCGAACGGCGGUGGCGCUGGUGAAGGGCACCUUGGUGGCAAUGACGCUGGUGGACAUGUACACACGACAAAUGGCAGCAGCAGCACCACCAGCACCAACACCACCGCCAUUACCACCAGCAACAGCAGUAGUCGAAACAGCAGUAGUAGUGGUGAUGUUCACACACUUAUUGACAGCACGGGCAGCAACACAAACCACGACAGCAGCAACAAUCCGUCCAGUGUUCAUGCAAAUGGCGAUGGUGGUGUUGCUCAGAGCGGUGCAGACGUUGGUAGUGGCAAGGCUGCAAGGAAGUUUGCUCAAGGGCAGGAGAAGGUGGAGUGGGCACUGCCCCUCACACAAGCACUGCAGUGUCCGUGGUGUGGGGCCUGUUCCCGAUCUAUCUAUGAGCUGGUGCUCCAUCUUUCCACCGACCACCCCCGCUUUCUCGUCAGCUUGGAGGCGCACGAGCAUGAGUGGCAGGUGACGCUGACGCUGCUGGAAACACCAGCCAUCCACGCCAACGCCAUUCUCGAGCCAAAGCCGCCGAUUGCCAUUGCAGAUACGUUUGCGUACAUGCGGGCGGCGGCUGCUGCGAGCGCACCGCAGGUUGACAUGGGCGUACUGCUGGGCAUGGCUGCUGAUGUGCAGCCGCACCCACGCUGCAUCGUUGCGCCGCCAGCGCUGGAGCCGCCGUGUGCGAAGGACGGGCCGUUUGACAUCUCCGUUCUCAUUGGCCGGGCACACCGCCGCAUCGUCACAAGCGAACGCCUCUCGAGCACGCUGAGGCCUGCGUUCCACACGCCGUUUGCCGCCAACCGCCACCCGAGCUGUGACGUGGACAGCGAAGACGACGUUGAGGACGACGUGCGUCAUUUGCCUGGAACGCUGGGCAUUGAGCGUGCGUGGUCCAUCUUCAUCCCGAAACAGACGGUCGUGACAAAGCGAAACAUGGUGAAGACCUGCGUCGAGUUUGCUGUGGCCCAUCCCACGCUGCUGCGACACGACUGGCACGCGUUUGUCAGGCACCUUCACACCCUCCACUCCCACAAGCUACUUGACAGGCACGGGAUUGCAGACGUGCUGCGGCAGGUGUUGCGGCAACUACAACAACAACAACAACAACAACAACAACAACAACAACAACAACAACAACAACAAUGACACAUUCAUUCACUCACUCACACGUGCGCGCGCGCAGAGCACAAGGGCAAGAGAGAAGAGAGAGAGAGAGAAGAGAGAGAGAGAGGCAGCUGAGAGAAGAGCUGUGUAAUCGCCCAGACUUAAUGACGACUUGUGGAAAUCGAGGAUGUCCUUUGUAAUCUUAAACGCAUUUAAAUUACAUAACACUGCAAUUCUUUCGCAAGCAAAC